CACGCACUCCCAUAUGCCUCUGAGUGACACUACCGCCGAUACUGAUCCGAGUAGUCUUGCCUGCGCCGUUACAGAAGGAUUCUCUCCUUGACGAGCGACGAGAUGGCUGAAGGCCUAUGGACGUCCACGUCAGAAGGUAAUGAUCAUUGCGGGGCUAGGUCACGUGAUGUGCCAUCCCGCCAAGGGCAACCAUCCGAGGGAUGGCAGGGCGCCUUGGGAUGGCAGCCAUCCCCAACAUCACAACCAUCCUAGGGAUGGCAAGGAAGGAAGGGAUGGCAGGACAAGAAGCAAUGAGGAUAUAAGGAUGGAUGGAUUUCAUUAUUUACUCUCGUUGUGGUCAACUCAAAUUGUACUUUCUUACUAGUAUCUUUACUUAACAAGAUUGUCACAAGUUAGUCUAUUAAAUAGAUUAGUCUUGUCAAACCCUCCU